AUGAAUGAGAAUGGACGUGUGGGUCGUGAGGUCUCAAGCUGUGUAGAGUGGAGCAUUGAUGAAUACGGCGCGGGUGGCGGCUUCGCAUCCACCACUAUUGUGAUUGAAACCUGCACCUCAGAGGCCGGCAGCAGUAGACGUAGUAGUAAGAAGAGCUCCAGCACAAUACGCCGGCGAAGGAGAAGACGACACCAACAACAACAACAACAACAAAUGUGGCUUACAUGUGCAGAGGAUGAUUUCUUUCAACCGCCCAUGUUGAGACCAUCUUCUUCUUCUUCUUCCUCUUUUGCUGGGAAAGUGCGUUCGGCUGUAAAGACCCCGUUUGUUUCUGGAUCUGCUGGGGCACCAUAUAAUAAGAAACUCCGAAAAAAGAAUAUGCAACAACAACAACAACAAUCCCAUCCAUCUCAACCAUUAUUCUCCAUUGGGUCCACAGCCCGGGGGUCGGCGGUUAAUAAUAAUAAUAAUAAUAAUAAUGAGAGAGAGACGAGUUCCUCCUUCUUCAUAUCGCCCACGCAUCAGGCGGUGGCGGAGGCGACCACCCCGUGGGACACCGCCGCGGGUUCGGGAUCGGUGCGAUAUCAAUUUUUUGGGCAGGGCGGUCUGCCCGAUCGUUUGGCCUCCGCAGCGGCAUCUCAACGAAAACCUCAUCCUGGUAGUAGUGAUCAGGCUCAUCAUCCAUAUACGAAUAAUAAUAAUAAUAAUAAUAAUAAUAAUAAUAAUAAUAAUAAUAAUAAUAAUCGACCUUUAUGUGAGAGAAUGUUGGGAGAUAAUUUGGCAAUGGUUGGGGGUGGAAGUCGCGUGCUGGCGCCACUUCGAUCACCCUCGCUAUUACCACCGGUGCAGUUGCUACCGGCUAGUAAGGCAGAUGUUAAUAUUGAUGUAUUGGAAAGAUGCCUUUUGGAAACACGUUUGGACGAUGACGAUAACUUUUCACUUUUGUGA